CAGCAACAUGGCCGUGGCGGGGCCCGUCGAGAAAUAUUAAAAGUCUCCAUCCGUAGCCCGCAUCCGACGCUGAGCCUUGCCGAAGUUGACUGCCGCACACACGCACCAUCGACACCAUCAACAACCCCGGGAUUCCACUCGGCCACUGGGGACGUCAGUAUGGGGGCAAAAUUGCAAUUCCCCAUGGGGUAUUCGAUGGAGUAACUUCCUCAGAAUGGGGUUCAUGAUGGAGCAGGGCAUUGGAUCUGUGGAGGGAACCAGGAUUCACCCACAUGGCAAGCAGGCAAGCAGGCAAGGUCACAACAUGGAGGGUCAGCAAGUUCAAACCAAUAAAGAGGAGCCCCAGCUGCCCGUCCAUUAUCAAGCCUCUCUCUCCCUGUCCGCUCUUCUCACACCACCAAUCCGACAAGCAAGCCUGAGUUGAGUUGCACCCUUGCCAAACCGACGCCGCCCUAGGACUCGGUGAUUCUCUUUCCCACACACGCACGUUAUGGCCGACGAGAAGAGAGCUUCCUCGUCGGGUUCCUCUAAGGUUGGAGCCCACCAUGCCGAGGUUCCCGGUGCCGUGAACACCAACGCUACGGAUCAGAAUGGCCAGCCCAUCCCCCAGUUCGAUCCCAAGUCUGAGGCUAGACUCCGGAGAAAGCUAGACUUGUAUCUUGUCCCGACCGUGUCACUCCUCUACUUGUUCUGCUUCAUUGAUAGAGCAAAUAUCGGAAAUGCCAAAAUUGCUGGCCUCGAAGCCGACUUGGGCCUGCACGGCUACGACUACAAUGCGCUCCUCUCCGUCUUCUACAUAUCGUACAUCGUGUUCGAGAUCCCGUCCAACAUCAUGUGCAAAUGGGUCGGGCCAGGCUGGUUCAUCCCGGCCAUCUCACUUAGCUUUGGUGUCAUCUCUCUGGUUACGGCUUUCGUGAACAAUUUUGCUCAGGCUGCCGGUGUCCGUUUCUUGCUCGGCGUUUUUGAGGCGGGUAUGAUGCCGGGCAUUGCAUAUUACCUUUCACGAUGGUACCGCCGUUCCGAGCUCACCUUCCGUCUGUCGCUCUACAUCGUCAUGGCGCCCAUGGCCGGUGCUUUUGGUGGUCUCUUGGCCUCCGGCAUCCUUACCCUUGAUCGCGUCGGCAGCGUUACCGGUUGGCGCAUGAUUUUUGUCGUCGAGGGUAUCAUCACUAUCGGCCUCUCCGUCAUCAGCUUCUUGACCCUCACCGACCGGCCCGAAACUGCGAGGUGGCUCACGGCAGAGGAGAAGGAGCUGGCCAUCGCCCGCGUCAGGUCGGAGCGCGUGGCCACCACCGAGGUGCUCGACCGCAUGGACAGCAAGAAGCUCCUCCAGGGCAUCCUCAGCCCCGUCACCCUGUCGACCUCGUUCCUAUUCCUGCUCAACAACAUCACGGUCCAGGGGCUAGCCUUCUUCGCCCCCACCAUCGUGCGCACCAUCUACCCGGACAAGUCGACCGUCAUGCAGCAGCUGUUCACCGUGCCGCCCUACGUCGUCGGCGGCUUCUUCACCCUCGCCCUGCCGCUGCUCAGUUGGUACCUCGACAAGCGCCAGAUCAUCAUGAUCCUGACCACCCCGCUGGUCAUCGCCGGCUACAGCAUCUUCCUCGGCACCACAAACUCCACCGCCCGCUACGCCGCCACCUUCCUCCUCUCCAGCUCGCUCUUCGCCAUGGGGCCCCUAGCCAACUCCCAAGUCAGCGCCAACGUCGUCUCCGACACCGCCCGCAGCAGCGCCAUCGGCAUGAACGUAAUGAUGGGCAACGUCGGCGGCCUGAUCGCCACCUGGAGCUACCUGCCCUGGGACACGCCCAACUACCCGAUCGGCAACGGCCUCAACCUGGCCGCCUGCUGCACCGUGCUGCUGAUCGCCUCGGCCACACUGCUGUGGAUGCAGUGGGACAACGCCCGCCGCGAGCGCCGCAGCCCCGAGGAGGAGCUUGCCGGGAUGUCGCGGCUGGAGGUGCAGGAUCUGGAUUGGAGGCAUCCGGGGUUUCGGUGGCGGCCUUGAGGGG